AUGUCACUGAGCUUGCGUGAUCAGCUAGUCCGAGAUGGCUUCGUUCGAAUUUCUUCAGUCCUUUCGACAGAUCAACUCGAAGCUCUGAGAGCUGCUUGUCAAGAUGUCGCUCAAUUAGCACGAACGGGUGCAUGGCCUUAUGUUAGAACUCUCCCGAAGUACANNCAAUUCCCUCCUUGGGACUCAGAUAUCUCGAAAGGUAUAUGGGGUGUGCAGCACUUGAUGCAUCCGGAUCUCCCUCACCACGACACAUUUGCUGCCUCGUAUUUUGCGUCUUACAUCAUCACCGCCGUGACCGAGAUCUUACAAUGUAGCCCUGCCGACCUAGUGCUCGAACUAUACAACCUCUUAAUCCGUCCUGAUGCGGACUUUGCCCUUCGGUGGCAUCGGGACGACAUUGGCCCGGAAGCGUCGGCUCAAGAGGAGUUGUAUCGUCUGCAGGAGCCUAUGCUUCACGCCCAAUGGAACUUGGCAUUGUAUCCUGAUCAGUCUCUAGUCGUCGUACCAGGCUCCCACGUACGAUCAAGAACGGAAGAAGAACGAUGUGCGGAUCCCUUCAAAGACAAUAUGCCAGGACAGAUGGUCGUCGAGAUGAAUGCCGGCGAUAUCAUCUUCUACAACAACAACAUCCUACAUAGAGGCGUCUACCGUACCGGAGCGGAGAGGAUGACUUUGCAUGGAUCCAUGGGUAUCGUUGGUGCUGACCCCGCCAGAGCUAGAAACGUGCUGCAGCACGGCAUCGGUGCUUGGGUUGGACGCUGUGACUUUAGCAAGUUGCAACAAGAUCCAGUCAACGAUCAGCAACUCUCUGCUUUGGCAGACGACAUGCGGAGCAGGCUGGUUGCAAUGGGCUCAGGCCAGGUUCUGAGCUUCUCCCAGCCAUUUGACGAGUGA